ACUUUUUUGAAAAAAAGAAGAGUAGAAGACUAGCCCACCAGAUUUUAAAACAUAGUUAAAAGCUCACUAUAACAGUUUAUUAUCAAAGCAGAUAGAAACAGGUAACAAACAGAAUGUACUUAAAAUACAUAACCAAGUACAUAUGUGAAUUUAGUUAAUGAUAAAGACAGUAUUUAAAAUCAGUGAGGAAAAGGAGGGUAAUCCAUUAAAUUGGACUCAGAGAGGUUAGGUAAUUUGCCCAAAGUCAAACACCCAUAAGUGGUAAGUCAACGAUUCUCCCUGAUUUUCUAAUUAUCUUUCUCACUCAGAACUCGACCUGUUAAACAUUUCGCUAACCUUUUUUUAAAUCUCCGUACUGCCAAGGCUUUUUUGUUUUUUUCUGCCAAGCCUUUGACAGGGCAAUGCAAACAGAAGGCAUCAAUGAAUCAGACCACAAAGGCACGCAGGGAGAAAAAGAUUAAAAAUUAGAACAGAAGUGUGGUUUUCUGAUGAGAUCACCCACCCAGACCUACAGGCCGAAGGCAGGCCCGUGGGCAAGUCUAGGACCCCCGGAGGACUUGCGUCUCGGUGGUGGCCUUGCUCGUGUAACGCGGCGCCAGCAGGUGCACCAACCUGCUCGGCGCAGGACCCUCAGGAUUCUACUAGCGCGAGACCGAGCGGACGACACCGAGCCUGCGCAGGGGACCCCAGAGCCGGUGGGAGGUGGCCUGGGGGCGCGCCCGCGGAUUAGCCGGCACAGCCGGGUCGGCGGCGGGAAAGUGAAUGACAGCGUGCCAGAGCACGCCGGAAGUGAUCGGCCACCGCUGACGCGGUGUCCGGGGUGGUGGCCCCGCGCCCAAGGGAGGAAUGCGGGCUGAGCACUGGUGGCCGUGGAGGGGGCCCCGGUCAAGCGAGAGGCUAGGGGUGGCCUGGAGAUUUUCCUCCUGGGUUCCUGACCUGCUGAUCCAUUGGCUUCUCAGAAGUUUCCUCCUGGAUGCCUCACAGGUUUAUUUCACUAUGCUUUUAAAGUUUCUUAAGGCAUAUCUGCAGUUUCCAUCAAACGUUGCAGAAGAUGAUGCAGAGACCAAGGACAAAGGGUCAUUGCCACAACCACCCAUUACUGAAGAGGAAUCACGGGUGCUCAGAGAAAAACUCGCCACCAGCACCACUACCUUUGAAGCUGCCUCUGAAGGUGAGGGCCCUUUAGAGCAGCAGCAGAGAAAUCUUAAAAGGGAGAGACUGAGGGAAUCCCCUACUCAGGGGAAAAGCUUCAGACAGAUGAUUGUAACCCAUAAGAUAACUCCCACAGGGAAGAAAGACCAUAAAUGCAGUGAAUGUGGUAAAGCCUUCAUUUAUAACUCACAUCUUAUCAUCCACCAGAGAAUUCAUUCUGGAGAGAAAAUCUAUAAGUACAGUGACUGUGGGGAAAUGUUCAACCAGAGUUCAAACCUCAUUCAGCAUCAGAGAAUUCAUACAGGAGAGAAACCCUACAAGUGCUAUGCCUGUGGGAAGUCCUUCAGGUGGAGUGCUCAUCUUGUUCAGCAUCAGAGGAUUCAUUUGGGGGAGAAGCCCAACAAGUGUAAUGAGUGUGGGAAAGCCUUCAGUCAAAGCUCCUGUCUAAGUCAGCGUCUGAGUAUCCACAGUGGCUAGAAACCUGUCAUCUGUAAAGAAUGUGGGAAAGCCUACAGAUGGAGUCCCAAGCUUAUCAGACACCAAAGGGUUCAUGCCAGAGAAGAGCCUUCCACAUGGCAGUCCAUGUGGGUCACCAGCAAAAAGGCAGCUCGGGCGUCGGCCAAUCAGCGCGGCGUGCCUCCCGCCCUGCCCGCCAGGUGGCGCACGGAGGAGGGUUGCCCGGCUUCCGAGCGCGGCCCCAGCUGCAAGGCUCGCGCCCUGACUCGACGCAGCUCCUUCCUCUUGAUCCCGGAGGCAGUGGCGGUCGAGCGCCUUCGAUGA